AUGGAAAGAAAUCAACGAAGACCCAGACCUUCAGAACAGAGGCCAAGAAUCAGUCUGUCCAGAUACUAUCGGAUAAUUCAGAUAAGAGGCCUCAUUAAGCUCUAAAAGAUGAGCAAUAAAACAAGAGAUAAGAUAGGCAACAGUUUGAAUUUUUGCUUUAUUACUUUGAUUCUUCUGUAUGUGUUCCUUCACUUCGCUCACAUCAGCUGCUUCUACUCAGUUAAAACUUAUAUCGAUACUAUUGAUAUCUAAAGAGCAAGAUCCAACUUCCUUAACAAGACUGACGACUUGAAACCUAUCUUAAUAGCUGAGGUAUAAUUUUCUCAUCAAUGUAAAUCUUUUAUUAGAGAGAUCCCAUUAAAGGUUGGUGGAAUUCUAAUGUUAAAAAUGUCUAUGAAAGUAUUUAUAGCAAAGGAUUAGAUUAAAAAGAUGAUCUCUUUUUAAACUUCAUGA